UUUUUUUCCCGAAAUAUUAAAAGGCAUCAGCAUCAACAGUAAAGCACGAAGCCCCACUGCAUUCCACUCCACUGCCGGUGAAUCUUUGAGCUAAAAGCCUCAUCUUUCGCUUCUUUGUUUUCCGAUCGAUUCCCUCUUUCCAUCGCUUUCGCAGCAUCACAAGAUGCUGUAAUUAUCGGCGUCUUUUUUGGUGUAUAUAUCUGUGUUUUCUUCACCGCUAAAUCCUUUUUUUGCUAUGGAGAAAUCCCUUCUCUUGCUUCUUCUUUUCGCCGCCGCUUUUCUCCAAUUCAAAGCAGACGCCUAUUCUCAUGGUGUUCUUGUGAAACACUUGUCUUCAGUUCUCAAAUGGACGACUAGGGCUGCUUCUCAGAAGACAACCCAUAGCGAUGGUGAUCAUCUUGAGUUUGAGAGUGGGUACUUAGUGGAGACGGUGGUGGAGGGGAACAAGCUCGGGAUUGUGCCGCACGCCAUCCGGGUUUCUCCGGAGGGUGAGCUCUUCAUUGUGGAUUCGGAUAAUAGCAACAUUGUUCGGGUUACUCCUCCACUGUCUCAGUAUAGCAGAGCAAGGCUGGUUGCAGGGUCAUUUCAGGGUUACUCAGGUCAUGUGGAUGGUAAACCAAGUGAUGCUCGUUUUGGCCAUCCAAGGGGUGUCACCAUGGAUGAUAAAGGGAAUGUUUAUGUAGCAGAUACCAGCAAUCUGGCUAUUCGUAAGAUAGGGGAGGCAGGAGUGACUACAAUUGCUGGAGGGAAAUCAAAUGUGGCUGGAUACAGUGAUGGGCCUAGCGAGGAUGCAAAAUUUUCUAAUGAUUUUGAUGUUGUAUAUGUUAAGAGUACCUGCUCUUUGUUAGUUGUUGACAGGGGCAAUGCUGCACUUCGGCAAAUUUCACUUAAUCAGGAAGAUUGUGAUUUCCAGUACACUUCUAUUUCAGUUUCAGAUAUUGUCAUGGUGAUUGGUGCAGUUGUGGUGGGUUAUGCUUCUUGUUUGCUUCAACAUGGAUUUGGACCAUCCUCUUCUGCAAAGAAUCAAGCCUCUGAGAAUGAGGCACUGGAUGUUAAUAAUGCAAAGAAACCUACUGUUGUGGUUGAAAGCUUGAAAGAAGAUUUAGAUGCUGGUUGGCCAUCCCUGGGAAGACUUUUCACUGAUCUACUCAAAUUCGCCAUGGAAGCAGUUGGAAACUUAUUCCUCAGCUUUAUCCCACACCGCUUGAAAUUUGGUCGAUCUAAAGGUCUCACUCCACUUAAAGAUAGAUUGUUGAUGCCUGAAGACGAAGCAGAGACACCCCUUGUCCAGAAGCAGCAGAGUUCACCAGCUGUGGCCGAGACGCUGCAUACUCCAAAGGUCAACACAGAUUCAACACUAAAGCCUCAGAAGAGCAGCAAACCACCCAAAUUCAAGGAUCCAUCAUUAUCCAGUAAGCAUAGGUCCUCAAAGAGGCAAGAGUUUGCUGAAUUCUAUGGCUCAGCCGAGGCCCCUCAAAUUGGCUCAAAGAAUCAGAAAGAUAGAGUCAGGCACCGGCACCGGGAUAAAAGCGGGGAAGUUGUGUUUGGAGCUGUAGCAAAUGAACCAAAACCAGUCGAAAUGAGAUCUGCUGACUUUGGUGAUGCAAAAUUUGAGCAUUACAAUAUCAGAAGCAAAUACGGCGCAGAUUCUUCGUACCGUUUCUGAGAAAGCAAUGCAGUUGAUUUUCUGAUUGUUUUCUAGUAUGCUUUUGUUGAAUAUGACUGUAGAUUCAAUUCUACAGUUGUGUAAUUCUCAGCAAUCCUUUUAGUUAGCAAACUGUUGUAGAAUGUUAAAAAUACAAUGGUGAUGAAUCUUCUGGUGAAAUGGUUUAUCAUUUUCUUUUCUAAAUUAGUGAA